GUCUUGUUCCCUUCCCGCCUUGACGCAAAGAUCUUGACGCAAAUAUCACUUCCGCAUAUCUGUAGCCGCCUGUAUAGGUAGCAUAAGGGGCCUCCUAAGAUUCAUUUACAAGCUGCAUGCGCCGUUAAAGCCCCUUUCUUGCAUGCGAACACCAUCAUCUCGUAAACCAUUGCUUCUUGCUAGUAGUUCUUCGAUACUACUGCUCUACAUGUAUAGGUACUAAUUGUGGUACAGUACGGCUAGUAGUGGCAUGAGGAGCAUCCCUGUUCGCCAUGUCAACGCGUCUGAGCCGAAGCUUGAGUGCCGGUGCCUCGGAAUCGCCCGUCUACCAGGGUAAAAGGGGCCAGCGCUUGAGCACCCAUGCCUCGUUCUUUUCCUAUUCGUACCUGCUUGUAUGUUCCGUACCUACCUCCCAGUACCUACAGUAUGGAGAGCUACAGUACAUGUAGCGGUACUUCGUAUAUAUUCUCAUAUAAUUAGCAUUAUUCGUUAUCUCCCUACCUUUUACGAAUCAUGUCGUGUGCAUAGGCUGAUCAUCUUUGAAUCUCUUUGCAGACGAGCUUAUCCUAAUUUUGCUUCUCUCUUUCACAUCCUCUUCAUUUGCUUAUUUACUCGACUGGUUCCAAGCUGAACCAUUUGCAACUUUCCUUGAAACUUUUCAUGAGACCGACCUAUUCAUCUUCAAGAAUACAGCCUAGUACGAGCACCUGUGCUGUAGUGAUAUCCGUCCAGCCUUUUUCUUCUCUGCUCUAGUUUUACCUACCGCAGAACCCAGCACCUGAGCAAAACUCCUGCAUGAGGCUUGCUGUUUAGGUAGUCGAAGCAUUUUCUCUGCCAG